AGGUUACAUUUUGCCGAAAAAAGAUAAAGCGUCUCUCCCUUGGGCAUUGAUGCCCUCAGCUGGUCAUACAGGUCCUUGUCAACAGCGUGUAGCUCCGAAAUGGCGGCCGUUGCUGCUACCGUUUUUCGGUCAACCCCGACUUUGACGUAUGCCUCAGUUUUUGUCAUGCCCUUUUUCACUGCUACAAAGACGCGCCUGUAGCGAUCCAUGGACUCUUCUGGGGUGAGGACUGAAACAAAGAAAAUUAUAAACAUGUGUUAACUGUAAUUAACAGUAGUAUUUUGUCAGGAUGAUGGUGCAGUUGGUUAGGGGUUUACUAGUAUUAAUACUAUUCUUGUAUUAGUGUUAUAUAGUGUACAGAGGUAUAAUAAUAAUUAUCAUUACAUUUCCAGUAGUAUCAAGAGUACUGUGAGUGUACUGUUUAUUCGAGUAGCAUUAUCUGUUCUCUUAACAGUAGGUUAUUAUAAAUCAAAUUAGCACAACUAGAGAGUAAAGUGGAAGCACUGUAUAGUUUAGAUAAGUGGUAGAAUAAGUCAAUUAUAUCGUUAAGUGUUAUUUGAAAGCCAUGUUCAGACGUGGCUUUGAUAUUAUAAGCAGACUUGGGACCAGCUGAUCAACCAGCUGAUUGAUCCAUACCAUAGCAUUUGUAUGGCAGGCUUUUCCUUUUUAUACAGUGGUCAGUAAUAUUUGUUGGAAGUUGGAACAAAGACUGGGUUAGGCAUUUCAAAGGUGAUAACUGUAGUACACCACAGAUGCCCCGCCUUAUCCCCUGGUUGCCAACGUACCUCUCUUUCCUAUCUUGGUGUUCUUUUUGUUUCCUUUCUUCCCUUUUUUUUUCUUGCUGUCUUUUUUGUUGUUGCUGUUGUUCCUCUUGUUCUUCUUCUUGUUGUUCUUCUUCUUCUUCCCUCUUUCUGAAGAUGAUGAGGAAGAGGAGGAACUGUCGGAGGAGGAUGAGGAGGAGGUGGAGGAGGAAGAGGAUUUUUCAAUACUCUUUUCGUGCAAGGAGGGCGCUGCCAUCACUUGGUCCUCUUUAUUUGCAAGCGCCAAAGCUGAAACAAGCAAGACGAUAAGCACGUUACUAGUGUUACCAAUAGGGGUGUGAAAUUAUCACUCACUCCCAAUCAUUCUAGCGUUAUACUUAUACUUAAAUGUACACCUGGGCUCCCCCACUUUAGGGUAGAGUGAUUUAGAUUUUUGGGAUGGCAUAGAAAAGACAAACAAUCAGAUGCUUCCACCUUAAUGAAAAUAGAGGCUGCAAGACAAAAACGAUCUAUUUUUUCUAAACUGCCAUGCAGCCCUUAGCUGUGACCAUCACUUGUUAGCUGCCAUCACAAGUCAAAAGUGAAACUUAAAAGUAUUUUACAUUAUGCCCAAAUGUAUCAAGUGUAAAAUUAAUAAUAAUGGAUGAAAAGAUCUGCGAGUUCCUGGCUGUUAAGGCCAUACAAUGUACAGUAAACAAUGAGGUCUCUGCAGCACACCUUUGGCAUCAUAUACUGCCUCUUCUGUUAGCUAAAGUGCUGCCUUUUGGCCAAUCAACAUGAAAUUCACGCCAUGGCCUCCUUGCACAACCGUCUACCAGUGUACCAAAUUUCAUUACUUUUCAACAUACAGUUCUAUGGGCUCCCAUGGACUUCAAUGGUUGAAUAAAAAAAGAGGGUUAGGGUCAAAUAAGAAGGGAUACAAAUUCAAUGCUUGGCCCCCAAUAAACAACCUGAACACAUUUAACGUUUUUCCUCCUCAAUCCCACCCCUCCACUGUCUCUUCUUGUUCAGUGAGAGAAGUAGGCAGUAGCCUGUCCUCUCAGGGUUUUUGAUCGGGACUGAAGGAUGGUGUGGUGUCUGGGUCCGGCCCAGGCCCGCCAUUUGGUGGUGCCUGUCUUAUAUGGUAUGGUUAUUGAAAUGUUUUGAUGCCAAAUGACUGUUACUCGUGAUGCAAUUGUUUACUUCAGCCAAGACAUGUGGACUCUGCAAGCAAUUGUAGAUGAGAAAAUCUGUAGGGGUUGUUGUGUGUUUUUUUGCCUUAAAACCAUCAGAUGCCAAUAAAUCCUAAUACUGUUUAUUCAAAUAAUUUUUCAUUAUCGAUUACCCUCAGACAGUUGGUUCCUUAAGAAGUCCCUUUCAUUCUCCAAGGACUUAAUUUUUUCUUUUGCAUUCUCCAGCUUUAGCUUCCAGACAACGUUUUCUUGUUUGCUGCGCUUCAAAGAUGAAAUAGCUGUUGGAGCUACUGAAGAACCUGUAAUGACAUGUAAAGACAUCAACUAAUAACAUUCUGGUUUCUCUCGUCAUUAAUAGCACAUAAUCAAAAACAGUGACAGCAGGACAUAAAAUGGAAAUGUAAUGCAAUGUGACUACACAACCUUACCUUGAGCUGCUACUCUUUUAGUAGGCUGGUGUACUGUGUCUGACUCCAAGUCAGACCCAUCACUGCAGCACACUACAGCUUCAAGAGGAGAAAGAAAAGGCAAUUAGUAAUAGUGUUGGCAAAAGUAUACUCAAUAUAUGUAAUGGUUUUAGGUCAAAUAUGUCAAAUUGAGCUCCAGUUGUGGUCACACUUUAGCAGCAGCAUGUUAGACCAAAAAAAAACCUGCCUGUCUGCUACACCACUGUUUGGCUAACCUGACCUCUACCAGCAAUGCAGGUGUGGUAAAGCACAGAGGAAAAAUCCCCCAACAUAGGAGAUAACUGGGGGCUUCUCUUUCUGCUCUGGAACUCUUUAAUCCACUAUAUGUUUACACAUCACAAACGUAGGCAAUGUCCCAACAAAGUGUUAAAUGAAAGUUAGUAUUGUCACAUAACUUAUCAAAAUGAGAUCACAAGGCACCAUGGUGUGAUUUAUUUUGUCCAUAGUUGGAGGAACCAUGUCAAGUGCAUGAUGUGUUAAUGAUUAUUAACACAUCAUAAUCCCAUAAUAAGUAUAAUCUCAACUACAUGUCCAUUAAGCAAUUAUAUUUCAUACUUUUAUACAUUUCACAGUCAAUUGAAUCCGAGUAUAUAUUUUAAGUAUGCUUAACAUUUAAAAUAAAAUAAAAAUAAUUACCUGCUUCCUCUGCUGCAGUUUGACUACUGUGCUGUUCAGAUCUUUCCCGCUGACUCGAAUCUGAUGGCACUGUAACAUUUUGGAGUACAGAAAGCAUGGUUGGUGUAAGGGCCUCAAAACUGUAUGAAAGAUCUUGAUGAAUGCAUACAGAGUGACGUUUUGGUUAAUUUGAAAAUUGUAUGGAUACCUUAAAAUAUAUACAGUUAAUACUAUAGUUAAGAAAUAAGAGUUUUAUUCACUUUGGGCAAUGACAUUAUCCAUUGUCUUUAAUGUUAUAAUAUGUAAUAAUAAUAUGUAUGAUCAUAUGUCAUUUUGAUUAGAGAAAAAUCUUCAUCAACUCAUUUGUCAUCGUUCCACAAACCCAUUGUGUAUAAGACAUGUUUCAGAGAUUCAGUUGUUAACAUUACACAUACUGAAAGUAACUAUGGACUAAAGUGAAAAGAAAAAAACCCGGAGAAAAGUAUUACCGUAAUAGCACUAUAACAGUGCCAUUAGCAGCCUUCGAGUUUUCUAGUAGUUAAAAACAACUCCAAAAACGAUUCAAAGACAUGUGGUAACAUGUCUAACAGAAUAAUGUGGCUAAGAGAAUGACUUUACAAGUCCAAUUUCAAAGCUUGGACCACAUUUUCGUGGCAUAUCGCCUAAUUUAACAUUAGAUAAAUGGUUGAACCGUCGGUCUUUUGACCAGUUAAGAGUUAAUUUUUCGUGUUUGACAGAUAAUUUAUCUGCUUGCAACGUCGGCUAUCUAGCCAGCUAGCAAUCCAUUGGUUAGUGACAAGGUUAGCUAGCAAGGCCAAAAAAUACGUGAUAGAACAGACGUGGUACGAUGUCAAAUUAGCUCAUUUUAGGAAGCUAAGCAAUGUGACCGAAUUAUUAAACUCUCAAUUAAUAAUGAAAUAACUUUAAAGCAUGUACUUACAUUCUGCCAUGGCUUUCUCCACGCGUCCAAGAUCUCUUGUAGGCUGCCUUUUACGCUUGCUCUUCCUCUGAGCCUCCAUUGCCAAGUUCUUCUUAGUGAGACACGUGUAAGAACUGCGCAUGUGCAAGACGGUUUGAUGCAAAGUUAUCAUGACCCUGCACGCCAAAGUACUCAGUCUUAUUGAGGGAAGACAGACUUUAAAAAAUAAAUUAAAAUUGAUAAAAUGGCUCCAAAAGAAGAAGUUACUUCAAGCCAAAAGAAAAUGCAAACUCUGCAAAAAGAGGAUGAAACUGAAGGAAAACGCAAACGUUGACGGACUGCAGUGGCAGUGCCGACGUAAUAAACACAGAGGGAAAACGACGAGGAAGUCAGUCAGGUGCGGGUCACUGUUUGAGAGGAGCAAAUUGUCCCUAUUCAGCUGGAUGAAAUACAUUUAUAGGUUUUCCCAGGGGCUGCAGUUAAGGCAAAUUGAUAUGCUUCAGGAUGGUGUGGCAGGAAGCAGUCGGACGCUGUCAAAGAUGAGCUACAAAUUGAGAAAAGUAUGCCAGAGGGCAAUCAAGAGGAGAGAAAGAAGGGGAAAGCAGAGAAUUGGAAGAGGGAAUGAAUUUGUGAUGCUGGACGAAAGCAACUUCUACCACAAAAGGAAGUAUGGAAGGGGGAGAUUUGGAGCUACCUGGAGGAGGAGAAAAUGGGUCUUCGGAAUGCUGGGAAUCAAAGGAAGAAGGAGAAGACCCAUCCUCAGGCUGGUGACGAAAAGGUCAAGGCGCUACUUAAUUCCGCUGGUCACAAAAUACGUCCGUCAAGGGACCACAGUUCUCACGGACAGGUGGCGGGUCUACAUGACUGCACUGGCACAGAGUGGCUAUGUACAUUUUUCUGUAAACCACAGCCAGUCAUUCGUCAACCCAGUCACAGGAGCCCAUACCCAAAACAUUGAGCGGGCUUGGUCAGCCUACAAAUCCAAGGUGUGGAGACUGCGGGGAAACCGCACAGAGAGGACACUAAAGAGCCAUCUCUCAUUUAUCGAGUGGACUCAUUGGUUGGCGAAUGACCACAAAGACGGUCCCCUUGGCAGAUUGCUGCAUGACAUUCGCCACGAGCUCCAUCAAUAACAUUUCAUUGAGUUUUGUUGAUGUAGACAGCUCUUUUUCUUGUUUGGUUUUUUCAGUGUUCAUUGUUCUUGAGAAAUGCCUUGUUAAAAGUGCAGCCUUUAUUUUUGUUCCAUUUUAA